GGGUGAAAGAGAAUCUGAAUCGUUCCGCACAUCACUGAUUGUAAAAGCCGGAGCGCAGAGCGCGAGAGUCCUGGAACAAAGGCGCGCGGUCGUGAGGGAUCUGAAAAGGGAAUACAGGAGGAAGAGAGUGAUGAGGAUGAGGAUGGUCUGAUCACCAUCCUGUGUCCUGCGUUGUAAUUUAACGGUACACAUACGAUACGGUGCGGUGCGGUGUGGUUCGGGUGACGGGCAAAGGCUCGUGCUGAAGCAGAUGGAGCAGAGCGGGAUGCAGAGGUGUGUGAGGGUGUGAGUGUGUGAGUGUGAGUGAGCGCUGAAGACCAGGAGCUUACUGAACAUCAGGAGGCUGGAGGCUGAGCUGAACACUGCGGGAUUUCCUCAGGAUUAUCUUCACCGGUCGGACCGGCUGCAGCGCGCAGGUAUGGUCUGUGACACACACCGCAGCAGAAACAGAAGCAGCAGCAGCAGCAGCAGCAGCGGUACUAUCAUGAGAGGAAGUGUGUGCAUCAUCGUCGUUUUCCUCAGCUUCACAUGCCAUGUUAGUCUCUCGCAGGCCACCACCGCAACGCCGAAUGAAGCAGAGUUGAACGACAACAUCACAGUUUUCACUCGGAUCCUUGACAGACUGCUGGAUGGCUAUGAUAAUAGACUGCGUCCUGGUCUGGGAGAAAAGGUGACCGAGAUCAAGACCAACAUCUUUGUCACCAGUUUCGGACCCGUGUCUGAUACGGAGAUGGAGUACACCAUCGACGUGUUUUUCCGUCAGAGUUGGAAGGAUGAACGCUUGCGCUUCAAAGGGCCCAUGGGGAUGCUCCCUCUGAACAACCUGCUGGCCAGCAACAUCUGGACUCCUGACACCUUCUUCUUGAACGGCAAGAAAUCCAUCGCUCACAACAUGACCACGCCGAACAAGCUGCUGAGGCUGCAGGACGACGGCACGCUGCUUUACACCAUGAGACUGACCAUAUCAGCAGAGUGUCCGAUGCAACUGGAGGACUUCCCUAUGGACGCUCAUGCCUGUCCUCUGAAGUUCGGGAGCUAUGCCUACCCGAUCUCAGAGGUCGUGUACAAGUGGACCCAAGGUCCAGCCAAGUCUGUAGUGGUGGCAGAAGACGGCUCUCGACUCAACCAGUACCAUCUGAUUGGCCAGACAGCUGGCACUGAGGACAUCAACACAAGCAGAGGCCUCUACACAGUGAUGAUGGCCCACUUCUACCUGAAGAGAAAGAUCGGAUACUUUGUCAUCCAGACCUACAUGCCGUGCUUCAUGACCGUCAUCCUGUCUCAGGUCUCCUUCUGGCUGAAUCGGGAGUCGGUCCCUGCCAGGACGGUGUUCGGCGUGACCACGGUGUUAACCAUGACCACACUGAGCAUCAGUGCCAGAAACUCUCUUCCCAAAGUAGCCUAUGCUACAGCCAUGGACUGGUUCAUCGCCGUGUGCUACGCCUUCGUCUUCUCUGCCCUCAUCGAGUUUGCAACCGUUAACUACUUCACCAAACGCAGCUGGGCCUGGGAUGGCAAAAAAGCCAUGGAAGCACAACAGCCCAAAAAAAAAGACCCGCUGGCUCUGUCCAAGAAACCCAACAACACCUGCUCCACUGGCAUGAACUUCACCGCCAACAUCACCAAAGACUCGGCCAUCUCCACCAUCUCCAACAGCACCGCCGUCCAGAUGAAGAGCUCCGAGAGCAAGUCCACGCCCGACCCCAAAAAAACCUACAACAGCGUAAGCAAGAUCGACAAGAUGUCUCGGAUAGUGUUCCCUGUCCUCUUUGGCACCUUCAACCUGGUCUACUGGGCCACGUACCUCAACAGGGAACCGGUGAUUAAAGGAGCCGUUUCACCAACAUAAAAAGUUCUGCAUUCCUUCUUUAUUUUAUAUGCCUUUUUCUUGCCAUUCUUAACAAACUGGAACACAAAGCCCCCCUUCACCAUUCCAGUCCCCUCAUCAUCAUCAUCAUCAUCAUCACACCUCUCCUGCACUUCCCUCUCUUCUGUUUGAUUUGGGUUUGAUUUGGGUUCUCAGAGAUUGCAUGAUCAGUUCAAAGCUCUGCAGGAACACGUCUUAUUGCCAUGUCUGCCUUGACUUUGACUUUCUACUGUAUUUGAAUCUUCUAUUAGAAUUCCAGAGAAGAUGGUUGCAUUUCCCUUACAAACCUUUACCUAGUCUGCACCUCGAGGGUUCUCAUCACCAUGGAGACCUUUAAAACUUUGAAAUACAAAGAAAAACAUGCAUUUGGCAUCUACAUUGGAUUAGUGAUCUUUUACAGUGCUUUGCAUAAGUAUUCACCCCCCAUUAGCCUCUUCCCCCAAAAGACACAAUUUAAUUGAUAGCGUGAAAACCUGGAUCUGAAAUGGUGAUUCUUAAUCAGACGUCAGUCUGGGCUCCGAACCAUCAAACACUUUCUCCGAUGCAACUCAGACUCGCCAUCCUGUAACUUUCAGUUAUAAGAUGAAGCUCCGCCCCAAGUCUCCAGUCUCUUGAGGCUAGAACAGGUUUAAUUCCUUAGAAAUGUUCACCUCCAUGCACCUCUUGUCUUCACUGGUUUUCUGGUCCCUCAUGAUGAAAGACCAUGAACCAGAGAACAUUAUGCUACCUCCACUACACUUUACAGCAUAAAGCUGUACGGGCCUUGCUGAAGGUCCCAGCUGUGAAAAUUGGGUGGUGCUGAGUUCUGAACUCACAACUCCUGAUCAGUAGUCCAACCACUUCCCACAGUAAGGAUGAUGUUCUCAGGUGGGAAACACGAUGUGUAAUGGCCAUCUCUACAGGGUUGUUGGUUUACACAGGAUGGUAAACAAAUAUAUCUUUCCAGAAUGUUCUGGAUUUGUUUGGAUGGAUGCAUGAUAUUCUUGAUGCUGUUUGUUUCGGUAUAUUCUCUUUAAGACCGGCUUCUCCAAGGAACCGGUGGAUUUAUAAUGAGAACAAUUUAUUACAUUACACUGGACUCCAUUUCCAAAAUUGACAUAAUUUCUGAUGGGAUCUGACCACACCAAGACAGAUGUAGGGCCUUUACAAUCAUGAGGAUGGGGAGUGAAUAUUUCUGCUUUAAUAUUUCUAUUGUUAUUAUUUUGUCGGCACUUUUGUGUUAUUUGUGACAUCAAAUCCCAUCAAGUUCCACAUCUUAAAGCAGUCAGGGGGUGAAUACUUAUGCAAUGCACUGUACUAUUCAACAUCAGAAAGUCAGCAAUGCCAAAUGCUAUGCAACAAGAACUUUUUUAUUCUAUUAUUCUAUUGGUAUUGAAACGCUUCUAUUGAAAAAUCUCGCUUUUGUAUGAAUGAGCUGGAAGCUUGCGGUGUUUAAGUUGUCGCUUGAGCAUUUGAGAGCCGUGAGGCAGAGCUGAACAAUAGCCAUGCUAAAAGUGUUGCCUUCUUUCAGAGCAAAAAAAAAAAAUAGAGAGUGUGAGAGAGAGAGAGAGAGAGAGAGAGAGAGAGAGAGAGAGAGAGAGAGAAAUCGCUUUUUAAUGCAACUCUGGAGUUUAUUUGUUAUAUAGAGCUUGAAGCCAUUUUGAAGUAUUGAGGCUGAACCUUUGCAUUGCGCCAUCUAGUGGCAGCUUUUAUAACUUUUGCUCUUUAAUACUCGCAGUAUGUGGAGUAAAGGAGGUCGGGUUGCAGUUAUGACUUUCAGAAUCUCUUGUAUAUAGGCUGCGUGUGCUUUCGCUUUAACGUGCUGCCGAGCUAAAGUGCAGCUAAAGGAACACAUUUCUUUCCUCACCACAUCCUCUCGUCACUCCUCUUUGUGUGUAGCUUCGCUUCGACAUACUGUAAUCUUUUUUACAUGCUAAUGAAAUCAAACGCUUUGUUCUAAACUUAUUUAUGGUUAAGAUGUUCGCUGCGGUGCAGAACGCACACGGCUUCUCACAAGCUAGCGUUUUAUAGUGUUUGUUGUUAUGUUGGUUGAUCUAAAGGCUUUCGGGGUUUUUCUUUUCCUCUGUUCUGCCAUGAAAACGAGUCGACGCCAGUUUCCAUCGCUUUAGAAAGGACGAAUGAACAGAUCUUUGUUGUUUAGAGUAAACAAAGUACAUACUCCAGAGUUCAGAACUGACCCUGAGACUGAAGAAGUGAAGAACAGAGAGAGAGAGAGAGAGAGAGAGAGAGAGAGAGAGAGAGAAGUAAUGAGAAGAGUAGAGUUAUGUAAAAAAAAGUACAAAGAGACAGAGAGAGACUGAGAGAGACAGAGAGAAACAGAGAGAGAGAGAGA